AUGCCCUGGAACAAGACGUGCAGUGCACCUAACAACAACAACAAUAACAGCAACAAUAACAGCAACAAUAACAACAACAAUAACAACAACAAUAACAACAACAAUAACAGCAACACUAACAGCAACAAUAACAGCAACAAUAACAACAGCAGAAUAUUUGUUAGUGUGUUUGUUGCUAACCUGUUUUUCUCCAGUCGAAGCAUGGGGCCCCUAGUUGCAAAGCUGGAGAUUGGUGAAAAAUUAAAAGAUGGUCUGAAAAAAAAGAGAAGUAAUAUUAAAUUGGAAACCCUACCCAGUCACUAUGGCAUCGAAUUCAACAAAAAAGCAGGGACGGAAUCUGAAAAUGCCCAAAAAGUCAUUACUGGCCGAGGUGUAAUUUGGAAGAAGAUGAAGGAAUUGGUGUCAGAAAAACUAUGUAAAUUGAAAAAUAAUUCUGAUUCAAGGCUAAAAAGCUAUCAGAACAGAAUUGGUAUUAUUAAUGAGGCGGUAUGCAGACACCAUGAUUAUGCUACAGUAGCGUGGAAACCACGGAUGACCAAAACCCACAUAUGGAAAGACUGCAAACUCAACCGAUCAGAGCAUCUCGCAUCGUGUCUAGUUUGA